ACUGCUGCAAGAAAUAGUUCAAGCCGGCAACCAGGGCAAGUGUUUGGAUGCUCAAAUUGGGGAAUGGCGGUCAACGUGUACUCUACCUCUAUAACCCAAGAGACUAUGAGCAGACAUGACAUCAUUGCAUGGGUUAAUGAUAUAUUAGCUUUAAACUACACAAAAGUCGAACAACUCUGUUCAGGAGCAGCUUACUGCCAGUUCAUGGACAUGUUGUUCCCAGGGUGCAUUAGUUUGAAGAAAGUAAAGUUUCAAGCAAAGCUGGAGCAUGAAUACAUUCACAACUUCAAACUUCUGCAGGCAUCGUUUAAAAGAAUGAAUGUGGAUAAGGUAAUUCCCGUGGAAAAACUGGUCAAAGGGCGCUUCCAAGAUAACUUGGAUUUCAUUCAAUGGUUUAAGAAGUUCUUUGAUGCUAACUAUGAUGGGAAGGAGUAUGAUCCUGUGGAAGCUCGACAAGGUCAAGAUGCUCUUCCCCCACCAGAUCCUGGCGAACAGAUCUUCAACCUGCCCAAAAAGUCUCACCAUGCAAACUCUCCAACUGCAGGUGCUGCUAAAUCCAGUCCAGCUUCUAAACCAGGAUCAACACCUUCUCGCCCAUCUUCAGCAAAAAAAGCUGCACCAAGCAGCUCAGCAUCCAAAUCAGAUAAAGAUUUGGAAACUCAAGUCAUACAGCUCAGCGAACAGGUACAUUCAUUAAAACUUGCACUUGAAGGUGUGGAGAAGGAAAGGGAUUUCUACUUCGGCAAAUUAAGGGAGAUUGAACUUCUCUGCCAAGAACAUGGGGGAGAGAAUAAUGGCCUUGUCAAUCGGCUAAUGGAUGUCCUUUAUGCUUCAGAAGAACACGAGAGCCACACAGAAGAGCAUGAAGGUGAAGAGCAAGUCCAUGAACAGCCCCAGCAGCAGGAGGAGUACUGACUCACCCAGCAUCUCUUGACAAUUUUCGUUUUGUGUGAGAACUUUCUUCUGGAGAAUGGAACGUGUGUGGCCUCAAACUUGAAAUCAGUUCACUCCCAGUCUGCCAUUAACAUUAUGUACCAUAGUGAGUGCCAGCCAACCACUGCAUUCUGUACCCAUACUUUGCCAAGAUGCAUUUGCAGACGUCUUCUUUCAGUGUAUCUUCCCAAGAGGUUGUAGGGCUACAUCACCUACUGUACAUCACUGCAACUUCACCACUUGGCUGCUUGAGAUUUGUUCUGCUCUUUAAGAAAAAAAAAAAAAAAGGAUAUUUAUUUUUUUUUCUUUUUCGUCUUAAGUAUGAUACACUUGUAACUUGUUCUGACAUAUUUAUAUUGGCAUUUUGUGUGGCAAGAAGUACCGUACCACUAGCUGUCUCUCUCACUUUGUGGUGCUUUUGCGUUUUCUCGUACAUCUGCCUUGGGGCAUAAAUUUGGUCUAAUAAUUGGAAUAAAGGGAUACAGUGGAAGUCAUACUCAAGCCAUAAUGAUGAGGUGUGUCGUGAAGGAAAAUGCUUGUGUUGCUCACUUCUAUUCCUUUCCUGCCUUCACAAAAUGGAAGGCAGAGCAUCUGUUUCACUAGGAGACAUUUAAACCCCUGUGUUAGAAAGCUUGUUAGAAAGCUGCGUGGUAUGUUUUUUGGCUUGUUUCUGGAAGAACAGACAUCCAAUUACAUUUUUUUAAAACCCUCCCAGUUUCCUGACUAGUCAUACACAUUUCCCAGCUUUUCUUCCCUCUUGUGGAAUCCAGUCGCAGCCUCCAGCUUCUGCUCUGCCUCUGCAGAGCUCAGUGCUGAUGGAGGAGAGAAAUCUCCGUGACAAGUGUGGCUGCAGGACAUGAUUUGUGCCAUCAUACUUGGCUUCCCACCCCUCAGAAGAGGAAAAGCAGGCCAGCCAUUUAUUUUCACUGUCCUUCUCCCCUCUGCUUCCAUAAAAUUAUUGAAGACACAAAAUUUCCUCACUAGUGCAAGGCAUGGGGUAAAAAGCAGCAACAGCACAAACCCUGAACCCCUCCCAAACUCCCUUUAAGUGGGCAGCAAACACCUUGCAGUUGUUGAGGCUGCUUCCGUAGCAUGGAGAGGCAGGGAGGAGUCCUUGUGGAGACAAAGCACACACCAGAGGGGCACCAGCUGAGU